CCACAGGCGCGCGCUGCCUCUUCCGUCGCGGGAGCGCGCAGGCGAAGCGAAGAUGGCGGCGGACAGCGAUGUCCAGUCCGAGAUCGAGGUGCUCGAGUCCAUCUACCUGGAGGAGCUGAGCGUCAGCACCAGCAGCACAGGGGACGUGGAGGUGAGCGUGGUCCUGUACCCGUCGACGGCCGAAGACGCCCUCUCGCAGUUUGUGCGACUCACGCUCGCCUUGACUCUGGACUCGCAGUACCCGACGACUCCGCCCACUAUCUCCGUUCUCCACCCCAGAGGCCUUUCCGAUGACAAGCUCCUCAGUGUCCAGCAAUGUCUGCAGGCGGAGGCACAGCUGUGUCUUGGGGGUCCAGCGCUCUACCAGCUCAUUGAGAAAGCCAAAGAGAUCCUGACGGAGAGCAAUAUUCCACACGGGAACUGCGUCAUCUGCCUGUACGGCUUCAAGGAAGAGGAGGUGUUCACCAAGACCAGCUGCUAUCACUACUUCCACUCAUACUGCCUGGGCCGCUACGUGGCGCAUUCGGAGACGGAGAUUCGAGAGCGCGAGAGGGAGAUGGAGGAGGACAAGACGAGGGCGGGAGUGGACGGCCUGGAGCUGACUGUCGUGUGCCCCGUUUGUCGAGAGCCGCUGACCUAUGACCUGAAGGACCUCCUGGCUUCUCCUGCACCUUGUUUUCCCACGUCUGAGCAGACAAUGGUGGGGGCGGACUUUCAGAAGAAGUGGGCGGAGUUUCAGACUCUCUUGGAGAGGCAGAGGGAAAGGGGCGGAGUUAUCAAUCCAGAGGCCGAGUCCAAUCGAUUCCUCAUACAUACGAAUGAGAUGUCUCCUGAUGCCAACAACACAAACCCAUGUUCAGAUGGCUCUCCUUGCCCAGCCAUGCCAUCUGCUCCUUCUGCCGACACUUGCCCAAGCCAGCCGGGCUUCAGCCACUCUCAGUGGAGGGGCGGCCCGGGGCACAGGCGCCGCGGUCAAUCGACAGGCAGCAGGAGAGGAGAAGGCCGAACGCGGCAUGAGGAAGUCGUAGAGGAAUACGUGGCAAAACUUUCCCUCUCCUCAGAGGGAAAGGCAGGAGUGAAGGGGGAGAAUACCACACCAACAGGUGUGUCUCAGCUGGAAUGCCGACUACGGGGCGGCGCCGAAGGGAAACUGCGGCCGUGUCCUGCUGACUGUGCAGACGUGGAGAGACGCGAAAAUGCUUGCGAGCCAAAAGCAGCGACUCCAAGCGAAACUCAGUCCGUAAAGCCAGCAAAGCUGCGUUCUUUCUCAGCUGGCACCCCAAGAGGCAGUAGCGCACCGGGAAAGGAGCGGGGUCCGAAGGGGGACGUGGGGAGGCGGGGGGACCUGCGGGGCUCAAGACAGCGGUUCGACACGGUGCUGGAAAGUACCUGCGAAGGAGGAGACUGGCGGGAGACUCGAAGGGACAGAGGAGGGAGAGGUCAAAGGGGAAGGGGUGGAGUGAACCUGCAGCACAGAGCAAGAGGAGGCAGCAGGGGGAUUGGAAGGGAUCUCAAUCCCAGGCUGUUGGAGGAAGAGGGCAGCUGUGAAGGAAACAAGGAAGUGUGUCUCCAUUGGAAUUGAACAGAAUCAACCUCAAGCCGGACUGUGGAAUGAGAUGUGACCGAAAUGCACAUGUCGAAGAUCUGAAAUAAAGUUCAAGUAAUUUCUUUGACUUUUGGAAGGCCUGUCCCAUCUUGCAGGAAAUAAAUGAAUAUAUAGCACCAGCUGUGCGUGCGAUUACCAAUGACCGAAAUCACUGCGAUACUAAAUACGCACUUGUGUUAUGGGACGGUAUUGUCUUUGGAAAUUCAAUAGAGAUUAUUCUGCACAAAUGGCUUCCUUAUGCUGGCACCUGGUUUUUUUUUUUUUUUUUAUUAUGAUUUGCCAAAUACAUACUUGUUUACACACACUAGUGCAGAAUUAAGGUGCAAUAUCUGCCUUGUAAGCAGAAACAGGGUUGCAGAGUUUGCAGAAGAAUCAAAUAUAUGUGAAAGAAACUGUAAACAUAAUAAAGUAUUUAUGUGAGGAAACA